AUGUCGGAAUUGAUCGCGGGAGGGCCGAGUGAACUGCAGAGUCAUAAUGAUGAAGGCGGUUCUGUAAGUAUGGAAGUCAGUGACGUUAAACAGAAAGAUGACGAGGGUAGCGCAUCAAAGGCUGGUAGUAAUGAAGGGUGGGAUGCCACUAUUGUACCUUCGACGCAGUCGCAACUCGAGACAACGUCUUUUUCGUUAGUCCAUAAAGGCGUUUCUGAUCGUAGCGAGGAUGUCGCUUUUGGCGGUUCCGUGACAGACGUGCAGCAACACACGAACAGUGAGGUCCAAAGCGUUAACGAACUAGAAGAACUUAGAAGGCAAAAAAUUCAGCUAGAACAGGAUUUGUUUGUAUCUAACGAAAAGCAGUCGUCACUGCAGAGCAGACUGUCAAAUUUGAAUGAAGUAUUGGAGUUGCAGAAGAAGGAGUUGGAUUCACUUGGGAAAGACCGUAGCCAGCGUAUGGCUGUAAUGCGAGAACUGGAAGCUGAACGUGAUCAGUUAAUGCUUGCAAAGAAUGAAAGCGAACAGAAAGCUGAGCUACUGAUUAGGCAAAAAGAAGAUUUCGAAGCUAAGGUUAACCGUUUGACUCACGAUAAGAAUCUUUUAACAGUUGAUGUACAAUCCCUUAAAGCAGAACUUGAGAAAAUCACUCAAAAGAACGCCGUACUUGAGGCAGAUAUCGACGAAGUGAAAAAGGGCAAGCGAUUGUUUGAAUUUGAGAAGGAACGGUGGAUUCAAGAAAAAGAGAUUUAUCUUCACAAUAAAGAUUGGUUUACUAACGAAAUAAGGGAACGCGAUACCAAACUUACAGUUCUUAAAAUUGAAUCGCUGCGGUUGGCUGGAGAAUUACAAGCUGAAAAAACUUCGCUGCAAGAAGAGUGUGAGUCUCUAAGAACUCAAUUAAAUAAUGCCAGAAGUCUAGUGGAUCAUCGCGAUGAACAGAUCAAUGACCUCAACCGCCGUUUAAAAGAAGUACUGGAGGACAAGUCGACAAAGUUGAAUAAGCUAGAAGAAGAGCUUUUAACUAGCGAACGUUUAAUUGCAGUUUACAAAGAAGCAAGUGAAGAGGCCGAACGUAAUUUGCAAGACCUUAACACGGAAUAUGAAAAGCGGGGGAGACUGUUAAAUGAGGCGAAAGAAGAAUAUCAAGGUCUCCGUAAAAGAUUGGAAGAAAAUCAGGCUCAUUAUGAAGAAGAGUGUAAAAGACAAGAGAAUAAAAUAAAAGAGUUGGACGAUGAAUUGGUAAAAGCUAAUGAAUUAAUAAAAUCUAAACACCGGCUGUCUUUAACUGACGAAGAAGUUGCUGAAAUUUCGCCAGCUGCAGCUGCUGCAUCCGCAUUAAUUAAGGGAGGAGUCUCUUUAACAGCAAUAUACAGGGAGCAUUCUCGCGUCGUUGCUGAACUUGAAGCUUCGAAAGCUGAAAGGUCUCGUCUUGAGGAGCAUAUAAAUGAAUUUGUUGAGGAUUUGGAAAGAAGAGCUCCUUUGCUAGUGCAGCAACGAGCGGAAUAUGAAAGGCUUAACGAGUUAUGUUCAGCGUUACAAGAACAGUUGCAAAGUGCCGACGAAGAACGUCAGCGUCUUGUUUCUGCACGUGACGCUGCUUCACGCGAGUUGGCUUACACUAAAGCAGAACUUGAAAGGACGCAGCGUGAUAACGACGACUUGGCUAAACAAGUACGUCAUUUACUACAUGCCGCAGAAGUAAACAAAGCUUGGUCUGCGAGGGAUAGCGACUCCCCGCCAAUAAGUGAUGAAGAUCGCGAUAUGCUGUGGUCUUCCAUUGGUGAACUGCAAAAAGUUAAUCAAAAAUUAAUAAUCAGUCGCUUAUCAGAAGCGUUGGAUGAGGCCGUGAGGAAGUUAGAUUUACUAAAGGAUCAGAGUGGUAAGCAAAAUUUAAUUAUUGAGGAGCUGCAGGAACAAAGAGAUACAUAUAAACGUUUGGCUCAGGAGAAGGAACCGAAAGACCCAGGAUCUUUCUUAUCAAAGGAACUUGAAAAUGCUAGAGACUUUGUCGACCAGUUACGAGCUCAGGUGGAACGCUCCGAAAAAUGCUUGGAAAUCUAUCGCGAGGAAAAGCUAAAGAGUGACAAGAUACUGCAAGACAGGAUUGAUCAACAGUUUUCUCUAAUAUCGGAGUUGAGAACGACAAACGGAAAGUUAGAGGCGGAUGUUGAACUGCAAAGGCAGAUUCAACAGAGUCUUACCAAACAGACUGAAUCAGACGCUACAGAACUAGAAUUGUUCCGGGAAAGAUUAGGAAAGGCAGAAGUAGAUAAGAAGGGUCUUGAAGAACGUUUACGAAACGCUGAAGCUCAGUUGUUCAUAUCUAGGGGAGAGGUCGCUAGAUUUAAGAGUGAAGUCGACACUGUAAAUGAGCAGAUUACUUUCCUUAGAGCAUCAGAAGCUCGUCUUCACCAAGAACUUCUUGUUGUUCGAGAAUCAAAUUACAGUAAUGAGAAAAUGGCAGCAACCCUUCAGCAAUUGCAGAGUCACCUGGACAAGACAGAUGAAGAAAAGUUGAAGAGGUUGGAAGAUCAGUUGAAUGUUAUGAGGAACGAGAAUCAGGCGUUGAAGAAUUUUGUCAACGAAAUAACGGAACAACAUCGCAUAGUCAGUCUUGACCUGAAGAUGACGUUGAAUAAAAUAAAAACUGAACGGGAUCAGGCACUUGCUAGUAAGAAAUCUGCUGAGGAUCGGUUAGUGUGGAAGGAGACCGAAUUCGCGGAACUCCAAACUAAGCAUGACACAUUAAUGAAACAGCUUAAUUCUCCUGACUCGUCUUUAGGUUAUAGAGAUACCACUGCUGAGGGGUGCAGGAAGGAAGCCCAGCAACUUAGAAAUAGAACAAAUUACCUUGAAAACCAACUAAAAGAUUCAGAAGCUAAGAGAGAAGCUGCUGAAAAGAAACUGUCUAUAAGGGAUCAGGAAAUUGAGGAGUUGACUAAAUUAAGUGGAAAGGUGGAGGCUACAUUGGUGGAGCAGGAUAAGUCUAAUGCUGCUGAAAUAAAAAGUUUAAAGUCUUUGUUGGAGGUCGUGAAUAAGCAGUUAGACGAAAGCACGAAAAUGGUUUCUGAAUUGCGCUUAGAAGUUUCGAAACUGGAACAACGUUGCCAUGAGGAGACGGCAAAAGCAGAGCAAGUUAAAUUAGAAAGUCAAAGAGAAUUGGAAGAAGACAGGGCGAAACUGAGGGAGCAAAUUUCACGACUGGAAGAAAAGAUAGUAGAGACUGAAAAUACAUUAAAUGUUGCGGAAGAAGCGAAGGCGAGCAAAGAUUUGAAGAUUGAAGAGUUGCAAAAGAAUUACCAAAAUGAGAUUGCUAUUCUUCGAGUGGAAAAAGGCAAGCUUGAAGAACUUUUGAAGGAAGUGCAGGAUGAGAACACCUUGCAAUCCAAAAAGAUUGAAACCUUGAAUGACAGUUUAGUAAAGGUUUCUCAGCGUAAUUCUUAUUUGGAGCGGUCGAGUGCUGUUGGGGGUGAGCCUGUUGAAGGGAGAAGUCAGUCAACAAAUGCCCUUAGUGAUAUUAUAAAGUAUCUGCAAGACGAAAAUGAACAUUCGAUGCAGCGUACCUUGACGGCUGAGCUUCAGUGGAAGCGGUUGCAGGCGCAAGCGUCGGACCUUGAAGAGCGACGUUCAACGCUUGAAGCAGAGUUAAAGAAAACGCGGGCUGAAGCUGAGGCCAAUGUCCGUGCUUUGGCAGAAAAAAGCGAGAUGAUUUCUCGUUUGUCGCUUUUGGAAGGAGCGAAACAAGAAAAUGAGACAUUGAAGGCUCAGUUGGAGAAGCUAGGAUCUAAAGAAGAAAUGCUUUCUAAGAAGAUCUCUGAUAUGGAAUCUCAAAUAAGAAAUCUUGAUACAGAAAAAAACAAUGAUAAGAGUCGAAUUCAAAACCUUACUUCCGAUGUCCAGACUUAUCGCAAAGAGGCAGACUCCUGGAAGGAACGACACGCAGAAGCAAUGACUGCGUUAACCAAAAUUGGGCCUGAAAAAGUUGUGUCACUGACGGGAGAGAUAGAGAGCUUAAAGCGACAAAUAUCAUCAAUGACUGUGGAAUUGGAAAACGGAAAAAGGCAGACGGAAGAGUCAGAAGCUAAGCAUAAAUCGGAAAAUGAGAAACUGUUGACAACUAUACAGCAACUUCGAGUUUUGGCAAAGAAUUACAAAGCCAAAUUCCUUGCACUGAACGCUGAAAAAGAAACUCAUAAAAAAGAUGUAUCCGACGCAAAAGGUCCAACUGAGCCUUCUGCUGAAAAAUCUGAGAGUACUACUGAAACAGAAUCAGCAAAACUGAAACAACAGUUACUUACAGCUCGCCAUGAAAUUGAAAAAUAUAAACAGAAGUUAGCAUCAACUGCACCUCGUACAGGUUGGCCUGUUGAAACAAUGGCUGGAGUGUCAUCUCCGUCAAAAGGACCUAGCGUUAUACAAGCACAAAUGAAACAGAUUGAGUCACUCAACGAUUUGAACAAGGAUUUGAAAAAUCAGUUGGAAAAUUUGGCAAACAGAUUUAAGGAUCUUCAAGAAGAGCUAACUGGAACUAAAAAUAUAUUAGAAGAGACGAAGGCAGAAAAAGAUUCUUUACGAGCUGAAAAGGAGACCAAAGAAGGUAUUGUUUUGGUUUCUCCAGCAAAUGGUUGGUAUUUUUCUACUUUUUCUGGAUUUAUGACUUUAGAGGAGCUUCGUUUCCGUCUUAAUUCUAUCACGAGUAUGAUGACGAAAAAGGAUACAGAACUGGCAAGGCUUAAGAAUGAGAUUGAGACGCUUAAUAUACAAUUAAAUGAGUACAGAGAAAAAAUCAGAAUCCAAGAGUUGGCUUUAGAAGAAUUUCGAAAAAAAAGCGAACCUCAUAUCAAAUCUGUAACGGAUUCCGAGACGGCUGGGACAUCAGAACAACUUGGCGGAACGACAUCAGGUGUAUCUACCAAGCCUGUAAGCUCCUCAACUUCUGUUACUUCGCAAUGUAGUGGAGACUCGUCGCUUCAUUCUGAAGUCGUUUUCCGGAGUUCUGCUGUUUCGAACUUGCAAUCUUUUACGGAGAAAUGUGAAGAUACUGAUGGAAUUGCGACUUCGGAAGAGUCACCUAGCAAUGCUGGGGACUUGGCCAGCAAAAUCUCCGGCGAAGAACCUUCAAAUGCUCUACAGAAAAGGCUUGGUGAGCCAGUUGAUCCUAGCCUAGUUAUCGCUAAGCAAUCUUCAGUUUCUACAACGUCUGAACAGUCUAUGUCUGUGGCAAGCACUACCGGGAAAACUGCGCAGGUGGCCUCAGGAAGUGCAGUAAUAUUCCCAUCUUCGAAGUCCGAGAUUGCGCCGGGUUCCGGUAAAGUUCCGUUUGGCACUUUUGGCAACUUGUUAAAGUCUGCCGGUAAAAAUGUUUUCACAUCCGGAGCUGCUGUAACUACCAGAGCCCAGCAGAGCAGCACCGUUAGCCAGUCGUCUGCUACAACCUUCUCCAGCAGUUCUGCUCCAGUCAUCCAACCAAAUAAACCAGCUCAACAGAAUGUGAUUUCUGGAAGCGGUGAUGGACUCAACGUUAUUAGUAGUUCUGGUGCUCCAAGCAUGUCUGAUCCUUCUGUCAAUUUUUCAUCGGGUCCUCCGAGCUCGUCCGGCUUCUCAUCGAGUCUGCGAAAACGACCUAUCAGUGUUACAAAUGAUCAGUCUUCCUCAAUGGAAAGCGUGUCUGAGUUGCAAGAAACUGUAAAACGGCAGCGUGUUAGCCCUUCAGAACAGGUCUCGACCAGUAGUCGGUUCUUACAGCAGAAUCUUGAGCUAAGAGUACAGAAAGAAAAGAACAACAUAACCGAAGACGACGGAGCUGAUCCAGAACAGCAAGAGAGUGUCGAAACUACAACAAAUCCUGAAGAUGAAGGAGUAGGGGAGGAAUAUAUAGAAGAUGAUGAUCGGACGACAACGAAAGAGCAGGGUUGUCGGAGGCACGAGCCUGAAGCGGGUGCAAAUCAGAGGGAGGAGGAAGGCGAAGAAGAAGGAUACCAAGAAGAAAUUGAAGGUGAUGCAGGGGAUGAGGAAGCUUUGGAAGAUGACGAACAGGUUAGAGAAGAAGAGUAUCUUGACGAGGCUCUUGGUGAAGGUGGAGAAGACGAUUAUGAAGAUGAGAUGGAAGAAGAUGAAGAUUACGAAGAUGAGGAAGAUUAUGAAGGUGUAGAGGAAGAAGGCCCUGACGUUCACAGUCAUCGACCAAUAUUAAUAGCUCCACGUCCUGUUCGUCAGCAGCAACAGCCACCUAUUGAUGAUGAGGAAGUCAUUGUGAUUGAGGAUGACGACGAAGAAGAUGAAGUUUCACACUCUCAGUCACCUGCUGACCAGUCUACCGAUGAAGCUGAUGAAGGCCCAAGAGCUUCUACUUAUCGUCCUGAUACGAGCAAUGAACAAAACGGAGCAGAAAGGGAGAACGAUAAUGAACCCCUCCAAGGUAAUGCUGAAGCUAGUGACCAUUUCGACUCACAGCAACUGAGGAGCACUUCGGAGGCAAGUAGGUCUACAGCGGAGGCUCACAAUAAUGAAGCUGGUAGUGGUGACUCGGAAGUGUCAUCGGUCCCUUCUGGAGAAAUGGAGUUGUCACAUGCAGAUACUACUGCACAUUCUGCAGGAGGGUCGGAAACAAAUGUUGAGUCUGAUAGUCGAGGGGCAUCAAGUACGGUUGCACCUGGAACUGUCGGAAACGAUAAAGCAGGUGGUGCUAUAGGAUCACCGAACAUUCUUGAAGAUGAAGAAGGUGGGAACGAAGUGGCUGAUGAAGAACAAGGCUCAAAAACAGGUCUAGGGAGUCGAACAGCUCAAACUGACGACGAGACUGGCGUUUCUGAACCCUCAACUAGCGGGGACUCCAGGCAAAGACGCACCCGUAUCUUGUUUCCAGAUGUUGAUGAGCCAAGUUCUAGCAGCGCUGAAAGGACGCGUGGUAUAGCUCAACCAGUAAGAGGUCGAGGAUCCUGGACUUACAAAGCACGUCGCGGCCAGGUUAGGAGACGUCCUUGA